AUGAGGGUUAUUAGAGAAAAGAGACAACCGGUUUCACCUCAUGAAUCAUCAACUUCAACUCCCAAUACAAAUCAAGCAUCUAGAUAUUGUUUAUCAAAAUGUAUCGGUAGAGGUAAUUUUGGUGAUGUUUAUCAAGCUGAACAAAAAACCACAUCCAAAAUAGUUGCAAUUAAAGUUGUUAAUCUAGAUGAUUCACCUGAUGAUGUUAAACAAAUUAUUAAAGAGAUUCAUUUUUUAUCAAAAUUAAGACAUCCAAAUAUUAUUCAAUAUAUUGAAAGUUUUUCUCAAGAUUAUAAUAUGUAUAUCGUUAUGGAAUAUUGUGCAGGUGGAUCAUGUUCUGAUUUACUUAAAUUUCAUAGAAAAUUACCAGAAGAUGUAGUUGGAUAUAUUAUAAAACAUGUAUUAAUGGGGUUAAAAUAUUUACAUCUGGAACAUAAAGUACAUCGUGAUAUUAAACUGGCCAAUGUAUUGUUGACGGAAAAUGGUGAAGUAAAAUUAGGAGAUUUUGGAGUAUCUACAGAAAUCACCAUGACUAAAAUGAAAAAGAAAACAUUUGUUGGAACUCCAUUUUGGAUGGCUCCAGAAGUUAUAACUAGAGCAAAAGUAAGUGAAACUGGGAAUAAUAAUAACAAUAAUAAUAAUGGUAGUAGUAGUAUUGAUGCUGAUGGGUACGAUGAAAAAGCAGAUAUUUGGUCCACAGGAAUAACAACAAUAGAAUUAGUAACUGGGGCUCCACCACUUGCACAAUAUGAUCCAUUAAAAAUUUUGUUUGAUAUACCUAAACAAAGGCCACCAACAUUACUGGGAGUUGAUUGUAGUAGUCUUAUUAAAGAUUUUGUCAAAUAUUGUUUGAUUAAAGAUCCAAAACAAAGACCGGGGGCUAAUUUUUUAUUACAUCAUCAUUUUUUAACUAGAAAUAAUGCCAAUAAUAAUAUUCAUUCCAAUUCUCCAGAUAAUGCAAAAAAUAAACUAGUUCGUUUGAUUUCUAAGAAAAUGGCACAUGAUAGUCAUAAACCAGGAUAUAAGCCAAGAUUUGGUCUUGCCAGUAGUAAAUUGGAUAAAGAUAAAGAAAAUGUAGAGACUUCAAUUGAAUGGGAAUUCAAUGAAACCUUGAUUCAAAACGAUGCAAAGUUGAUAUUAUCUUCCACACCAGUUGCUGUUGUAUCUUCAUCGACAUCAUCAUCAUCUGCAGCAUCAGCAACUUCACGAAAUAGAAGACGUAGUAUUAUAGAAGCACGGGAACAAGGAAUGCAACGUUCAGCUAGUGGAGGUAGUGGAAGUAGUUACUAUAAAACUAAUGAAUCAUAUACUGGUGGUAAUGGUUCAUUCAUAUCAUCAUAUUACAGUAAGGCAGAGUUGUUAUUCAGCUGUUUACACAGGGUUCAUCUUCGAGCACGCGGCGAAAGUACAAAGUUGGGAGUUGAACAAUUUAUAAAUGAUGUUUAUAAGUUUGAAAAAGAGAAUCCAGGAUUCUGCACUGCAAUAGUUGAAGAAAUAAUGAAACAUGCCACGUGA